UAGUUAUAGAGUACUGAAAAUAAGUUUCAUGAAAAGAAUUAAAUUUUAUGCUUUACAGUGUAAUCUAAUCGGUGAAUAUUACAGGAAACAUCUGUUUCUAAUGAAUUCAAAAAAGAAAACACAUAUGUUGUGUGCAAAAUAAUAUACUUUUAUAUAUUGUACUAAUAUUUCAAUUUUCCCAACAUUGUAGUUGUGUCUUUAUUGUUCUGUUUUGUUAAUUUCUGUAUGUUAGUAAAUGUGUUUUAUGCUGAUUUUAAACUAUACCAGAAAUUGUGAUUUUCAUCUGAAAAUUGUAUGAAUUGUUCGAGAUUGAAAAUGGUAAAAUAGUUGAAGUUGUAAAUAUUUGACAUUUCUUUUAAUAUUUUAUGCAAUAUGAGCUUAUUUUGUUAAUUUUAAAAAAAAAAAAAAAACUUUACCAUUCAAUGAAUAUUAUUUUUUUUUUAUUUCAGGAAAAGAUAUUUUUAAAAGUUAUAUUGUUUUAUCUUACUUGUCCUGUGUAUUAAAAAUCUUCCUAGAUUACACUCUGAAAUAUUCUGUCCACUCUAAUGUAAGUUACAGUUUGAAACAGUUUUGUAAAUCAAUAGUUGUGUGGAUUAUAAUAAUUCUGAACUAUUAAAACAUUUCUAAAAUAUAUUGUAAAGAUUGUAUCACUAAGUUAUGUGAUUCAAAUAUAAAAAUAGACUGUUAUGAAUGCAUUUCUUUUAUAAUUAAUGAAAUAUCUUUGAGUGUUACUUUUACAAAUUUAAAUGUUGAACUUAUUUUUUUCCGGAAUGGCAUUUCAGUCCAUUCCUCUUGGCUUAUAUCCACCUGGAAGGACAUUUGAUCAGCAGGAGCAAAAGCCACCGGUUAACCAGAAUGUUCCUGUGCCAGUUAAUGGUGAAAAAGCUUUGAUUUGUGAUCAGUGUGGAAAGACAUUUGCUGACAAGAACAGUUUUCACCAACAUGCUCAGUUCCAUUCUAAGCCUUUUGCUUGCAAAGUUUGUAAGAAAACAUUCAAUUCUCAAGGAACACUCACUCAGCAUAUGCGUAUACAUACUGGCGAGCGUCCUUAUAUUUGUCAGCAUUGUGACAAAAAAUUCAACCAGGCGGCUAAUUUGCAACAGCAUCUUCGAAUCCAUACAGGAGAAAAGCCUUUCGUCUGUGAACAUUGCAACAAGUGUUUCAAUCAAAAGGCUAUUCUCCAACAACAUAUCCGUAUUCACACUGGAGAAAAACCUUACACUUGCAUGUAUUGUGGGAAGAAAUUUUCUCAGCUAACAAUCUUACAACAGCAUAUAAGAAUCCAUACCGGUGAAAAGCCUUACGCAUGCGAAGAAUGCGGAAAGCGUUUCAAUCAGAAGACGAUUCUUGAUCAGCACAUCCGACUUCACACUGGCGAAAAGCCUUUUACAUGUCCUUAUUGUGGGAAAAAAUUCACACAAAUGGCAAUUCUCCAUCAGCAUGUUCGAAUUCAUACUGGAGAGAAGCCAUAUGGUUGUGACCGCUGUGGAGAAAAGUUUUCACAGAAGGCAAUUCUGGUACAGCAUAUUCGUGUUCAUACAGGAGAAAAGCCUUUUCCUUGUAUGUAUUGUGACAAGAAGUUCAGCCAAAAAGCAAUUCUUUUGCAGCAUAUUCGAGUUCAUACUGGGGAGAAACCAUAUGGAUGUGAACAUUGCGGAAAGAGAUUUCGCCAGAAGACCAUCCUUCAGCAACAUAUACGCAUCCAUACUGGAGAAAAACCAUUUGUAUGUGAGCUCUGCGAUGAAAAAUUCAGUCAAAAAGGAAAUCUACAAAAACAUUUACGUUCACAUUCUGGGGAGAAGCCUUUCACAUGUGACCAUUGUGGACUCAAAUUCACUCGAAAGGUAAUGCUAGAUCUCCAUAUACGCAUGAGUAUGAAAGGACCUCCUACUUCCACUGAUAUAAAUAAGCCACUUACCUGUCAUUUUGGUUUGUCAAAUGACAAACAGCUUAGUAAGCCCUACAUAUUCAAUGCACCUCCAAAUGACAAACCAAUGACGAAACCCUGUCAUUUCAACACUAGUGAUAAAGCUAUAGCUAAGCCAUGCCACUUCAAUCUGACAACUGAAAAACAUGCUGCUCAUGCUUCCCUUGCUGCUUGCGUUUCUAGUGCCAUAGCUCAGAAUGAAUGGGCUUUCCCUCAGUAGCAGUGUCCUCUAGAUCUGUGAUUUUUUUUUUUUUUUUUUUUUUUUUUUUUAAUUAUUAUUAUUAUUCAUUUAAUUUCACUGUAGGCAUUUCCUUUUUUGGCUUUUGCAGCCUGAAACAUUUUGAAAUUAUAUCAGUCCAGUAUAUUCAUAUAGUCUCAUUUUGAAAUUCUAUGUCUCAAAAACACAAGUUAGAUGCCAAUAAUUUUCAAUAAGUUUGAGUUCAAGCAGUUUAAAGGCUGUCUCUAAUGUGUACAGUAUUUAUGAUAACACGGUAAAUGCCUUUUGCAAAUGCUUAAGGGUAUUUCCUUAAGAUGUUAAGGUAUUGUCUUAUAACAUAAAAUUUAGCAGUGAGUUUUAUACUAUGGUCUGUGUAAGUGUUUUGCAUUUGUCUUUAUUUCGUAUGUUCCUAACAUGCUAGUUUGAAUUUUCGCCAAAAUGAGAAUUCUUUCUUCCUCACUCUAAUCAUUUACAUACUCUGAUGCCAAUUUUGUUUUGAAUCAUAAGUAAUGACUAGUGUGAACCGUGCAUUAUUGAAUUUUUUUUUUUAACACACUGAAACAUGCGUAGUGCCUAAACUUGUUAUUUCAACGUUUUAAGUUAUGUUACUCCUUUUAAACAUGACUAAAUUUAUCAUUUACUUUUAGAAAAUGAUGAUUACUUGUAAAGAAUAUUAAAGUUCCUUAACUGAUAACAUGGUUCGUGAUGGACAAAGUCGGUUAAAAUCAAAUUGCAUGCAUGUCUGCUUUUAUUUGCUAAAAAUGUAUACUUUGUUGCUUAUUGUAAUGUUUUUGUUUUCUGUUUUAUUGCUUUUAUUGAAUGUUAAUUGUCAUUGAUCAAACUUUUGCAUUUACAAGUAAUAUAAAUGCAUAUUAAGUUUGUUUGCUUUAAUUUUCUUUUGUAUUAUAUUUUUGUUGUAAAUUUGAAUCGAAAUCAGUCUUGCUUAAAAUAGUUUCAAGUCUUGCUUAAAACAGUAAUUUCAAGUCCUGUUUUUAAGUGAUAUUGGGAAAAAUUUUUCAUGGUUUUAACCAAAAUUUGUCAUUUGUAAAGGCAUUUGAAACUGGCUAAUCACGAAUAUUUUUAAGUAAAUCUUAAUUUACUCUAUUUGAAUUAUUAAUGAUCUUUAAUUUUUAAAAUUUGUUUAUGUUAUAUAGAUAUAAGUUUAUUGGUUUAAAUCGUUUACAAACUCAUAAGUUUUUUAAAUUUGUGAUAUUUUGUUUGUUUAUAUGUAAAGAAUUUUAAUAAAAUCCUCAUCAUUAUUUUACCUUUCUUGUUUGUAUUAUGCUGUUCUGUGUUGAAAAUGUUUUUAUAUACUAUAAUAAUUUCAUUAAAAUUAAUGGUUUUAUAUAUUAUUAAUAAAGGUACUUACUUGUUAAUAGACAACAAUUCGUACUGUUGACAUGUAAAAUGAGUAUUGUAACAAUCAUCAUACCUUUGACAAAAAAAUCUAAAUCUCAUAUAUAUAUAGCAUUGUGUCAUACUAUGUAAUAAACAGAAGUGAAACAGAAUUAUAAUAACUUCAGAUAGAAAGUGAUUGAAUACACUUAGUAAAAAAAAUGCAGUAUUUCUCUUCAUAAUUGAUUUAUGAUUGUAUACUUAUUGUAAUGGUUAUUUUCAUUUCCCUUUGUUUAUUUUGAUAGGAAAUUUAUUCAUAAUGCUGAUUGAUAACUGGUAAGUAUCUAAUUAAAUACCUGGAAUGCAGAAAGCUUAUGAUACUCAAAAUAUUUAAUUUUUUUUUGGGAUAUAUGUAAGCCUUAAUCAAAAAAAAAAAAAAAAAAAAAACUUGAAUCUUCUGCUUGGUGGUGUGUAUUAUAAUUUUAAUUUAAGUAUUUACCAGUGAUUUUCUUUUUUCUCUUUUUUGAACACAGAUUCUGUAUACUUAUCAUUCUAUAUCCAUUAUAUAUAUAUGUGGUUAAUUAGAUUCAACUUUUUUGCACUUAGAAAUAAACCUUUUCACUUUCACUGAGAAGGAAAUGAUCAUUUCUAGAAUAUUUGUUUUCUGAAUUUAAAAAUAUUGUUAGAAAUAAAUAUUCUUAUGUGAAUAGUCAAAUUUUUUAUUGUGUUAUUUUGAUUCAUGCAAACUUUGCAUAUUUAUCUAUUUGUAGUUAGAUAUUUUGUAGGAUACAGUUUAAAUUUUUGAUACAUCUGUAUAUGCAUUUCUAAAACUAUUCCAUGAGUUAAAAAAAAAGGUUAAGAUUUUUAAAGACCCUAAAAGGCAUUUUAAUGAGCUAAUAAUUUAAUGUAUUUAUUUUAUAUUAUACUACAAGUAAUUUAAAUAGCUUUAUUAUAAUCUAAAAUAAAAAAUUUAUAUGCAGUGUUAUUAGGUUAGGUCAGUGGUAUUCAAACGUUAUGGCACCCAAUAAAUUUUAUGCAAACCAAUAAAAAUAUGAAUGACUCCAGAAUUUUUUUUUUUUUUUUUACUUCACCCAUAGCAUUACCUUCAAUUUAGAUACUGUAGGAUUUUUUUCCACCUUGAAACAGUACUAUAAAUUUUUGCAACCCAUAGUUUGAAUACCACUGGGUUAGGUUAUUGAAAUAUGGCAGAACACACAAGGGCUAUCAAUCUAAGGGGACAGAGGCCUUCAUGGAGGAGACCUACCUUCCCGAAGCAUUUUCUAAGGGAAUUUAUCUUGUAUCAACAAAUGCAGAAAGUUGUGCUCAAAACUGAACCUGAAUAAAAUUCCCAGCAUUCUAAAAUUUUAUCCUUUUAUUGAUUCAAAAUACAAGCUGUAAUGAAAUAUAAUGAUAAUGUUAAUGAAGUAACUUCUUAUAACACACAUUUAGACUGAAUAUUAAUAAUACUAAUAUAUAUAUUAUUAUUAGAAUAUUCUAUUAUUAUUUAGUCAUAAGCUUUCUGAACCAUAUUUCCAAAAGUAUAUAUGCCUUAGUUAAUUGUUAAUUACUUUGAAAAUAAAUUGUUUAUAAUUAUUUCUAACUUAAAAAAUUCAGUUUACCAAUAAUUUACACUUCCUGUUGAAAAUUAUGAUUGAUUAUAAAAUUGCACAAAGAACACAUUAUCCAAAACUCUUGGAAGUAGAUGCAAAUUACUUUUUUCAUGAAAUAUUUUUUUAAACAUACCAAAAAAAAAUAAGUAAAAUUUUCUAUUAACUUAUCAAUGGAUAUGUAUUUUAUAUAUAUUCGAGACUUUUGUAAGACUAAAUUUGUGUAUGUUUCUGUUAGUUGAAGAUCUGUUUUUGAGAAGGUUUUGUUUAAAAUUAGGCAUAUUAUUUUAUUGAGAAGUUGUGUCUCUUGAAUAUAGUUUUAAAGCAUUCACAUUUAAAAAAACACAUAUAUAGGGCAGACAGUUUAUUAAUUGAGGCAAUCUAUUUCAUUCUUGUGAAAAAAUGCCUAAAUAAAUUUGUAACUGUUAAAGCUUUAAUCUAUUUGACUCAUAAUAAAUUUGCCUUAUAUUUUUUAUUUUGUGUGUAACAUGUAAGUAAUUAAAUUAAUGUCAAAGUUUCUGGUUUCCAAAUAAUGUUAGUUAAAUCGUUUUAAUCAUGGCAAAUGUGCAAUUAGAAAUUUUUUCUCGGGAAAUUUCUAAGCUGAAGAAUUUUAAUCCAUAAAAUUUGCUUACAACUUCAUGUUUUUUUUUUUUUUUUAAGAAAACUUAUUACAUAUAACCACCUAGCUUUAAAGACAUCUUUCUGAGGAUCAGUCAUUUUUUUUUCCCUUUUGUGUAAUUAAUAUGUCAUCUUGUGCAUGCAAAUAAACUAAGUAUGUCUUCAUGAGUAGUCAACUUGAAAAAUGGUUUUAAAUGGUAGUGCAUUUUGAUCUGAAGCAAAAGUAUGAUAAUUCUGAAUUUUUACAAUGCCACAUUAUCAAACUAAAAUUGUAUAUUGAAAUUAUUUUUUUCAUAUUAUUGAAUGUGUAGAGGAAUAAAAAAAAAUUACAUAGAGUAACUCUGCAAAUAAAGUUAAUGAGAUAAACUUAUUAAUAAAUGAAUUUUUCUUUAAUGUUAUUCUAUUUAAUAAAUUUUUACUUUAAAAUUAUUAUUAUUGCAUGUGCUUGAAUUAUUUUGUUUAUCUUUAAAAUAUCCAUAGGCUAUUUAAUUAUUAUCCUUUUUUUUCCCCUGAAUUUUUUUUUACAGUUGUGUUUAAUGAUUAAUUAGCCUUACAACAAGUGGUUCAAUUUGCUUAUAAAAUAUUUUGGAUAAAUAGUACUAAAGAAAACAAACAAUAUACAAGCAUCAUUUUUUAAACCAAGUGAUUGAAAACGGCAAAUAAAACAUGAAACAGCUACAGAAUCUUUCUGAAUAUGACCAGCUGAAGUGGUAGUUGUACAGUCUUAUAGCAGGAAUCUCGGUGAAACUAAUGCAUUUGAUGUUUAUUAUUGUUAUUGAAUGUUUUCUGCAUUUUUGUUGCUCAGCAUAUUUGGUAUUAUAUAAAUGAUUAUUGUAAUAAGGUGCACUUUGAACAGAGUGGAGUCAUUAUUUUGCCAGAAAUGUUUUUAAUAAACCCCUAAAAAAAUCAUAGUUAAUAUUAGAAUAAAGUAGUUUUUCUUAGCAGCUAUGAAAUGUCGGUUUAGAUAACUGCAAAUAUAAAAAUAUCAGUACAAGAACUAACCAUCUGCAUCGAAAAUGGUUGUGGAAUAUUUUGGAGGUGUUCUCUCAUUUAUUGAUAUGUUUAAGAAAAGAAAAGCUAUUCAUGAGUUAUCGAUGAAGACAUACGAAGCAAGUUUUUGAGUCUAAGCAGAGAAAUCAGAAAAUAUAUGUCAUUUAAUUGUAAUUACAAUUACAUUAUAAAAAAUUUUAUGUGCAUCAUUUUUAAUGAAAUUCAUUCCAUAUUAAGUGAAAGCAAGUUGCAGUUAAUAAAUCAUGUUAAUUCAAAAGCAUAACAAUUGAAGUCAUAAUUAAAUAAGGGAUUUCUGUAAUUCCAUCUCCAGUGUACUUAGGAAUUAUGCACAUAAUAUCAGGUGAUUAGAACAAGUGACAUUGCUCAAAAACUGUGGUUGGUAUGGGGGGAGGGCCUGAGUGAAUAUUUAAAAUCAACAUGCAGAUGCAUAAGAAACAAUUUUACCUAUUUUGUGACAAGACCAGUAUUGUUAUGGUUUUCUUGUAAAUAAGCAUGAAGUUGUAUACUUCUUUUAUGAGCAUCUGUAUAUUAUUUUUGUUUAGCAGAGAGACUUGGAUAUACUUAAUUUUCUUUUAUGAGCCAUAAACUCAACAUGGUUAUGGUGUGCUAUCCCUAUCACAACUUUUACUGUCAGUUUUCUUUGACUGAUCCUCAUUCAAUAAUACAUUUCACAUAGUCGUUCAUUGAUAGGGGGUCAGUUGUUAAUCACACCCCCAGGUUAUGUGCCUGAACUGUGGUGUGUUUGUGUGUGUGUAAAUAUGUGUAUAUCACUUAAAAUAGUUUAAUAUUAAUCUUUGUUUUUAGUUUGGCAUAUAACUUCCAUUUAGAACUGAAAUUUUAAGCUAUUUAUAAGACACCCACUCAUUGCAUUUUAUGAUAGAGUUGUCAUAAGGUUUUUGAAAUAACUUAUUAUAUUAUGUAAAAUAUAUGUAAAAGUCUAUAAAUUUUUAUGUUUAUAUAUAAUAUCAGGAAGUAUAACAUCCAUGCAUAAAAUAUUCAGAUGGAUGCUUUGUUGAAGUGGUAUGACACUAGCAUAGUAUAAAGCAGUGAGAUGCAUAUUGUGUAACAAUUCUUUUAAACCACCCAUUAUAUUAUAGUAUGUAGUAUGAUUCAGGGUAUUAUUUGAGUGUUAUAAUACAGUGAAUUUUACAUGUUUUUACCCGGGUUUCAUGGUAGUUAAAUGCUUGUCUGCGUGCUUGUAGGAAGUAAUAGUAUAGCUUAUGCUUUUUCAUGCCAUGUAUGUAUGUGUGUGGUGUCAUAGGCAUGUACAUGGAAUCAGCCAGAUGGAGUGUAGCACCACUGGAAAGGUUUAGAAAACAUUUAAUGCAGAAAGUAACUUUAUUAUCAAUGUUACUUUAGUUAUACAUUAAAAGUUCUUGUAAAUAUGAUGAGAAAAUUUUGUUUUGGUACAGUAGAUUCCAAUUCUUGCAACUAGUAGUUGGUGCUUAUCUAUCUGGUCCAGUAUAAUCAAAGUGUUUGUACAUGCCUAUAUGUGGUAUCUAUUUUCAAAUGUAAUUUUUUAGUUUUUCAUUGAACGUUUGGUUUAGAGUUCCCAGAAAUUUUAAAUGUUUCAUUGUUUGUUCAUUUGUAUUUUAUGAGUUGAGAUCUGAAUUUUUUUAAUGUUUUUAAAAAGUGGUGAAGAGUUGUAAAAAAUUCAUUAUUCAUAACAUUUGAUAUUACAAAACUAUGCAACUGCAUAAAGAAUUUUGUUUGUUUAAUGCUAUAUAUUUGGAUUUUAUUUCAUUAAUAAUUUCCAAAAACUAUUUUGGAAUUUUUUAAUAAAUUUAGAAUUCCAUUUUGGCAUUUAUUAAGCUCUCAAAAUAUAAUUGUAUGCAAUUUGAAGUUAAUUUUUUUAAUCAUAAUAUAUUUUAGUGUAUUUCAUAUUCCUGUUAUGCAUAAUGAAUUCAAAGAAUAUAUGCGUUGUAAAGAAUAAUUUUUUUGUGUUAUAAUUCAAAAUUGUGAGCAUUCUAAAUUAAUUCUUAUGCUAAGUUCAUCUGUACUGUAUCAGCUUUAGCUCAAUAAACUGAAAUUGGUUUUAGAAUCUGUGGAAAA